AUGGGUAUCUCUGAGAGUAAGCAAUUAGCCGAGAAUGUGUUGGUUGCCUGUCAACAUGCGGAAUUUGAGGGCAAAACUCGGCUGGAUGAUAGUUCAUUCUGGAACUGGAAAGACGAAACCAUUAUCAAGGCUGUGAAAAGUAUCUGCCAACAUAUCCCUCAAGAUAUACGUGGUUCUCCCCGCCGGUCUAAUCUCCAAAGAGCUAUUACGCGUAAAAAUGCCGCAGUCAAAAUUCCCCAAGUCGUGGAAGACAUAGCAGCGAAGCGCGAAAUCUUGUUUCCGAAUACACAGGCCCUGCAAUGCGGGAAAAGAACAUCUGAAUAUCAGCACAGCCGUGAGGGGUCAUGUUUUCCCGUGGACUAUCUAGUUGACUCCAUUGCCGGGUUGUAUAAAUUGAUAACUAGGGUUGAGAAGGAUCAUGAUCUGUGCAAGAUCCGCCUCAGGCUCCUUUAUGUCAUGUUUUACCGCUUGAAACAAUGGGUAGAACCUGGAAGUCAACGCCAGUACUACAGCGCAACUAAUUUCAUAGCGGAGGUCAUACUGAACGACAGCUUAAGCAGUGACCCACUCGAUAAGAUUCAUAGUACUGUCCGGGGUUGGAUUGGCAAGGGCGAAAGGUACGAGCGAUUAGCGAACGACCUUGGCGGACUGGGAGUGUUGUACAUUCUCCCUGACUACGGGGGGGAAACUUUAUGGACGAGAGAAGUCCCAAAGACUGCAAGCAACCCAAAUCGGAUUUCCAUGUUAAACCGCUUAAAGCAAGAGGGAAUCGUUGGUGAAGCCGUGAAAAGAGGUCUACACGAGUGUGCAGAAGGUGAAAUCAAUAAGAUCCUUGGACCACUUCAACGUUCAUUACAGGAGGUGCUGGAACGAAGAGUUCCUCAAGGGCAACUCUAUUCAAGGGCAACUCCAAGUCAGUUAAGUCAGAAUUCAGAGACUUGUACUGUGGCACAGAAUCCUAUCAUAUCGUCGGCGAGUCGAGUUCUUGACGACCAGCACGUUCAACCUCAAGCAAACCCCCAGCAGACUUUUAACCUCACAUCCUCCGAGAGUUUAGCUACUACGUCCCCUUCUCAAAUGCAAAGCGACCAAGCGACAAACAUGUCACAACUUAUUCCUCAUCCAUUGACGCAGAACAUGUUUAUGGCAGAGAUGGAUAUGCCGCAAAUAAACGCUUAUGGACACUUCGAGCAACCUAUUCCUCACCUAUCGACGCAGAACAGUUUGAUAGGACAGACGGACAUGCCGCAAAUUAACGCCUACGGACAUUUCGCGCAACCUAUUCCUCAUCUAUCGACGCAAAACAAUUUUAUAGGACAGACGAACAUGCCUCAAAUCAGCGCCUAUGGAUAUUUUGAACAAACAAUUCCCCAUCCUUCGAUGCGAAACAACUACGCUGCACAAAUCGAAAUGCCACAAGUCAGUACCCUCGGCUAUCAUCCGGAGCCCCUUCAUCACACUGUAGAUGGCGCUCAGUCCACGAACCAUUCUCAGAUCAACACAGUGAGUGGACACACGGGAAACGUACCAUCGGAACCGCCGGAGCAGGUGUAUGCCGUCAACGAACCUCGCCAUGGCCAGCCGGGCGAUAUGUCUGGACAUUGUUUUCAUUAUAACAGUCAAAGUUAUGGGAGUCCAAUGCUAGUUGCUUCUUAA